CUUUUCGUCUGACCGGUACCGUUCCCAACAUCUGUUUACCUGGCCACCCACUAUCACGCGCUCCGUCAUUCCACGCCAUUCUACUUCAUGCAGAGUCAAGCAGUCGUUCCGUGUCAUGACACGUUAUGCAAUGUCUAACAAAUGAGGUAAAAACUGAUUUUUUAGACCAGUUGACCAAAAUUACGAUCGACCUACCACGCGAGGCACUAGAUCCUUUGCUGAAACCUGCGAGAUGCUGCGCAAAACGGCAACGAUGGGACUCGUGGCGGCGGUGGCAGUAAAAGCAGCGCCGGAGCCCAGUAAACAGAACUCCUCCAUGGCGGACUGCAGCCUGGUGUGCCGGCCCAGCGAGCUGCCCAUCUACGGUACCUUGCGAAAGCAAGAACCGAAGCUGGAAAGGCACGCGCCCGCGGACUCGGCGCUGCACCGAAACCUGGAAGGCGGCGUUCGGUACGUACGCGAGAGCGUCCAGGAUAGCUACAAAUCCGUCGCUGACCAGGCCGGCAUUGUUGGUCAUUACGUGGAAACAGCUAAAGCUCACGCGCAACACACGAUUGAUAUGCUGAACGAGCCGCAGAACUCGAUGCACCGCAGCGGCGCCAUUGUGGUUGGCGGUCUCGCAGGUUUCAUCUUCGGUGCCCGCGGUGGUUUCAUCAAGAAGGUGUUGUACACUGGCAUCGGAGCGGGGGCGGUCGCCUCGCUGUGCUAUCCCCGCCAGGCGGAGGAGAACUGCAAGGUGGUGCUCUACGAGGGACGCAAGAUCUUCGCCGUGGCCUACAACUUUGUAAAGGGCGUAAAGCCCGGAGAGGAGGUGCCUAUUGAGCCCAUCCAGAAGUUCCCCACCUCCCUGGAGGACCUCAAGUAUUUGGCCGGUGACCUGGUCGACGAGGCCAAGGAGAUGAUUUUCCCCAAGAAGAAGUAGGAGCGCCCCCAUCCGGCCGUAAAGUGUGCAUCGAUUUAAGUUGAGCCUAGUCUCUAUCCGAUUAUGUGAUCCAGCUGGAAUUCGUUAUCUCUAUUCGUGGUAAUCUUUCUUGUUGCCAGAAAUAAAUUGGCCUCGCGUCCUAAAAGUGAAAA